AUGCCGCAUUCCACGCGCACAAAGCGUCCGAGCCCGCUCACACAAAAACGUCUGCAAGUCACCGACGACGAUGGCUGGACCCACGUUACAACGGGAGGCAACGCACGGCGCACAAUGCGCGGGACGAAGGGCUCGAAGAAAAUGUCCAGCUCAGAUCGCGCGGGCGCGACAGUGACGACAGAAGAUGUCGAGUCCGAUCCUGUACUGAGCCCCGCCGAAGCUCCGGGUCGGUUAACAUUGGAGGAAUUGCAAGCACAAUACGCUGCGCAUCGGGAUACCUGGACUGGAUCGGAAACUUGGAAGAAAUUGGAGAAAGUACUGGAUGAACGGGCUCAGUUGGCGCAGGAUGAAUCCUCUGGUCUUGGUGCCGUGGACAAAAUUGUGUGCAUUGGACUUGGUAGUCCGAGUGGAUUCCUUCGCGAUGGGUGGGUGGAUCGACGAAGUGUGUCGAUGUAUCAGCUUGCUGCGCUGGAGAAGAUCAAGGGGAAACUUGGCUCUUCCGUUCCGGUCUUUGCGCAAGACCCCGUCUUUAAUACUUUGGAUUGCGCUCUUUUGGAUGCCAUGGGGAUCACUGUCGUUGAGCACCCCGUCGGCUUUGAAAGUGUUACACGCAACACACUACUCUUCUGUCCUGGUGCGGAGAGAAAACAUCUUGAGCUGGUUCUCCCGUCUAGUCCUCGGGUUGUGUUUGGUGGACCCCUGGAAAAUACGGAGUCAGAUGUUAUUCAAGGAUUCGUAGGCAAGAUGGGAUCAAGGGCUCUGGAGCCCUUUACCAGCAAUGAGCAUGCUUUUUGGAUGACGAGGUUGUAUUUCCAAGAGGAGGAGGAGGAGGAGAACGAUGAAGUAGAGUCAUGA